AUGGGCCCCAUGGCUGGAAUUGAGUGCUAUAAGUACGUUUUAGAGAAUACCACCACAAAUGGGACUGACCAGGACAAUCUCAAUAGUCUUAUCAUUUCCUACCCAAGAAGUAUCGGAAACAGAGUUGACUAUGUCCUGGGAAAGAGUUGCAAAAAUCCAGGCGAGUCUGUAUUGGAUUUUUUGCAAUCUCAGCUAGAAUGCAUAGUUCGCACAUACAAGCGAGUCGUCAUCGGCGUAGCGUGCAUCACCUUUCAUUGUCCAUCGGUUUUUUCGGUUUUCCAACAGGGAGUGAAAUCAAGGUUUCCUGAAGUUGAGCUGGUUAGCAUUAUCUCUGCUACAGUAGAAUUCGUUCGCACUCUGUAUCCUCACUUGAGGCGGGUGGGGAUCAUGUCCACCGAUGGAACGCGUCAUGUCAGACCCUUUGAAGAUGAUAUGUCGAAACAGGGCAUAUCGCUGGUGUAUUUGAAUGACGAUCAGCAGUCUAUCAUUACAAGUUGUAUUUUUAAUGAGCAAUGGUAA